AUGGCCACUCGCAUUAAGCAGGUGUUUAAGUGCUACGGGCGCACCGCCUUCUUCUUCCACUCGACCGUCUUCGUCUCGACCCUCGCCAGCUCCUACGUGGCCAUUAAUCAGGGCUUCGAUAUUCAGUCGCUGGCAAAGCGCGUGCCUUUUGUGGAUCUAUCUAACCUGGACCCAGAUGCCGGUACGUUGGCACUUGCUUACCUCUCAACUGUAGCCACAGGCCCAGCUAGAGGUGCUCUUACCAUCGCUGUGUCUCCUAUCCUCGCCCGCUUGCUUUCUCGGGGCGGCCGUUGUUUAACCAAAUAG